CGGUACAUGGAGAUAAUCCACAAAGACGAGGCGGAGCGUCGUGCUCGUCAGUCGGACGGAUUCACGGCGGACCGUGAACCCGAAGAGACCGGCUCUUCUCCCUCUUCCGUGUGAAUGUGUCCUUCGUGGUCGAUAUGACGGAGAUGUUUUCAACCCUGUACGGGCAGAACGAAGCCCAGGCACCGCCCGGCGCGUCGUCCCUGGGGUUCGGACCGGGGAAGCCUCCGCCGCCUCUGCAGCAAAACCAAGCCUCCAUGCCGGGGCAGAUGCCACCGCAGCUCGGGGAUGAGGGGCCUGCCCUGCGGAAGCCCGGAGCCAUGAAUGAACCCUUCUACCUGCUGCGGGAACUACCAGUGGGGAACGAGUUGACGGGCAACACCAACCUCAUCACGCACUACAACCUGGAGCACGCCUACAACAAGUUCUGCGGCAAGAAGGUGAAGGAGAAGCUCAGCAACUUCCUGCCGGAGCUACCAGGUAUGAUUGACUGUCCGGGGACUCAGGAUGGCAGCUCACUGCGCUCUCUGAUUGAUAAGCCUCCAGUGUGUGGGAACUCUUUCAGCCCAUUGACUGGCGCUCUACUCACAGGCUUCAGACUACAUACAGGACCGCUCCCAGAACAGUACAGACUGAUGCACAUACAGCCUCCAAAGAAGAAGAGCAAACACAAGCACAAGCAUCAUAGACCACAGGACCCACUACCACAAGAAACUCCAUCGGACUCUGAUCCCAAGAAGAAGAAGAAAAAGAGGGACGAUGAUCCCGAUCGCAAGAAAAAGAAGAAAGACAAGAAGAAGAAGAAGAACCGCCACAGUCCUGACCACCCCGGCCUCGCUGGAUCACAACCCAACAGCAACAGCCUCAGAUAGAUGGCAGCCCACUGUGUGCAUGCCUGUUUUGAAUGUGUGUGACUGUUUAUUUUGUAAGCGUGUGUGUGUGUGUGUGUGUGUGUGUGUGUGUGUGUGUGUGUGUGUGUGUGUGUGUGUGUGUGUGUGUGUGUGUGUGUGUGUGUGUGUGUGUGUGUGUGUGUGUGUGUGUGUGUGUGUGUGUGUGUGUGUGUGUGUGUGUGUGUGUGUGUGUGUGUGUGUGUGUGUGUGUGUGUGUGUGUUACAGAUAAAUUGUGUUAUUGAAAGCAUGUUUGAGAUGAGCGAGGGGAUGAAUCUAAUGAUGCAAGCGGUUGUAUGAUGCAAGUGAGAGUGAAAGGAGCUGCGACGAAGUGGGAGAUGGGAGGAAGACAUGUUACAGAACAGUGUAAAAGGCAGAAAGCUAUGAGCCAUGUGCCAUUAAGAAAGACUGAGCAGGCGCAGUAUGUAUGUCGCUCUUUGAUUUUGUUGUGAUAUCUUUUGACCGUAAUGCCAAUAUCAAAUAAACAUUGGUGUCUCCUUUUAAGACAUCUUUUUUGGA